GUAAGAUUCAGUUUUGAAUUGAAAUUCGACCGGUGGAAAAGUGCGGGCGCGUUUUUCGGCAGAACGGUUCUGACGAAGCAGUUGUGCUGUGAAUAAUUACUACAAUUAUUUUAGGAAUUGUUAGAACAUUGAAAUCAAUGGACUGUUUUUUGGUGAUUUUAGUGCACUAAAAGGACUCUCAGGGACAAUGAAAUUGCUUUUAGCAACGAGUGUAGUGUUAGCAUGUUUAAUAUCAGUUCGAACGGAUCAAUCGGAUUUUAACCACAUAAACUCAGAUGGAUCGUUUAGUUUUGGUUUGAAAAAUUCUGAUGUUGGAGGUCAUUACCACACCGCCAGCGGUAACCCGAAAACCAUAGUGAGAGGUCGCUAUGGCAGUCGCCAACCGGAUACGGGUCGUGUGGAAGAAACCGUAUACACAGCCGGACCACGAGGGUUCCGAGCCCGCGGUCCCAAGAUACACAGGAAGCAAAACUUAUCACAAGUACCCCGCGGUCCAGUAGGAACUCCAGAGGAUCCUUUAGCGGAUCCAUACGACGAUCCUAGUUACGAUUUUCAGUUCAAAACUCGCAACUACCAACGUCGGGAGGGUGCCGACAGCAAUGGGCGGGUUAAUGGUUUGUACACCUACGUUGAUGAUGCUGGAGAGCAGCAUUCAGUUCGCUACUCUGCCGGCACUGGAACGGGCUUCGAAGUCGCGAAUCCUGUACCAGAUGCUCCCAACACGCUAGCUUACGAAAGUCCACUGUACAAAACUCACAAACAGGUCCGCGGGAAGGUCGCAUUUGAGAGUGGUCCUAGCGGUUCUGGGCAGUAUAAAUUACAGUCGGUUGGCCCAGAUCAACGGCGUUCGGAAACAACUGGACCAGAUGGCAUUACAAGGGGUUCGUACUCAUUUUUGGAUGACAAAGGAAUUCAACGAACUGUUCAAUAUAUCGCAGGAGCUGGGAUUGGGUACAAGGUAGUUCAGAGCACUACUGGAGCGGGAAGUCAUUUGCUGGCGCAGCCAGCAACAAACUUUGGAAUUAGUCACGUUGAACAAAGCGAUGUUACGGACAAUAAUAAUCCAAGCCAUAACACAGCACCAUCAGGUCCAGCUUCUUUUCCUACCGUAAGUGAACGACCGGGAUCAGGUGGAUCCAGACCAACUGCUGCUGGAUACGAUGACACACGUCCAUCAGGAUCGGGCUAUGACAGCUCAAGACCUGCGGGCAGUGGUUACGAUGGAUCGGUUCCCGACCAUGAUGGCUACGAUAGCGGCCGACCGAAGGGGCCAUCUUUCGACGAUGACUUUGAUCGGAAAAGACCUACAACGCCCCCAAGCAAAAUUCCAUCGAGCACGGAUCGACCGGAAUCUACUGAUAAUAAGGUAGGUUUCCCCGAUGAAGACUCCGAUUACGGCGGAAGGCCUCAAGAUGAUAGCAUUAUCGGACUCAUCCCACCCAAGUAUGACUACGAACCAACUGAGGAAUCUCCUUUAUCAGGACCGUUCGAUAUCAGAAUUUCCAGCGGUCCGUCAGGACCCUCGGGAGCAGGCAUUCCGAGUUACGAAGAGUCCGCUCCCGGAACUUUCAACUCCAACGAUUUCACCAACUACCCUGAGGUUUCCUACGAUCGGAAAAAGCUGGAAGAAGACAGGAAAAAAGACUGGCGGGAGUUUGCCAAAGAUUCAACGAUUAUCAAAAACGUCGGCGAUUGGUACGUGGGACUAGCGCCCGGUGCAUCGGUGAGGGCCCACAUACAAAAUAUAGACCUGCUGCCAUAUGGCGGUCGUGCUCCUUCGCCCAGCGAGGCUCUUCGAAGAGAUACUCAGCCAAAGACCAACGCUAAACGUCCGUAUGAACGCCGGAGGCGAAGUGAGCGAAAAUGAAUUGUUAGUUACCUUUUCUAUUUAAUUAUUAGCUUGUACGUGACAUUCCAGGUCAAUGUGUUCAAUUGUACCAGGGUUGUAAAUAAAUUAUUAUAUGAAUUGG